AUGACAUCCUUUGACAUAACAAAGAGUAGUUUGAUUUUACGGAUAAAUAUAAAGGCAAACAUGACAACAACAUCACAGUUGCACAGAAGUACUACAUAUCUAUCAGUGGCUAUAAUAAAUGGCGACUCCAUGGGCGGAACUGGUUGGCAAAUGACUUCCCCGAAAUGCUUGAGCCUCAUUGAACUCGGACAACAAUCCUGCUUGUGCAUUUGUUUCAUCUUCCCCAGUUACAUUACCACAUAUACAUUGCACCUUCUUCUGAAUCACGGUGUCGUCGUCAGUUCGUUGGUUGAUGUCAUGUGCAACAUAGCAUGUGUUACAGUUACCCUUAAAGAAGAUUUUCGCAAUGGUGUCUCAUUAGUUCAACAUCUGAUUGCAGAAGUCAGUGAAAUUCUGGCUAAUGAUACUGUAGAUAAGACUGGUUUGUGGAAAAAUAAACUCACUGAUCAGUUAUUGGAGCUUUUUGAUUUUUUACCUCAAGUAAUUCAAGACAUUUGCUUCUUGAAAGAGAUCCACAUGGAAAUUUUCAGCGGCGUUACCGUCAUGGAAAAGUUACAGUUUUGCUGA